AUGAAUGGAAAUCUCACGGAUUCGGAGUGUUUCCACUACGCUAAACAGGGCAACUCAUCCAAAUAUGCCUUUGACUUCCGUCGAAUGGUCCAACGGGUGGGGCUAAUUGACUUGGGCUUUCAAGGCCCCUGCUUCACAUGGGCCAAGGACAGAAACAAAUCUAACAACGGUGGAUCAUCUAAGAGAGCAAGGCUAGACCGAGGUCUGGUUAACUCCGACUGGCGCAUCCUACUCCUAAACGCAAUUGUCAAGCACCUCUCCUCCACUGCCUCGGACCACAGGCCUCUCCUUCUUGACACUUCUGGGGGAGUUCGUUGCAAGAGUCAGACAUUCAAAUACGAAAACAUACAAGUGGAGGAGGCCACUAAUCAUUUACAUGACGUUGAAACCAAUAGACCUGAUGACCACUUAGCCAUCCAUUCGGCUAAAGGUGAACUCGCAGAGGCUUUACUAAGGGAGGAGAUACAUUGGAAGCAAAAAUCGAGGGUUCAAUGGCUGCAGGAAGGGGACAAGUGCACCAAGUUCUUCAUGGCUUCAGCUACUGUGCGCAGAAGAAGGAAUUAUAAUCAAUGCAUCAAGAAGGCCCUUGAGGAAAACUGGAUCGAAGACCCUAAAGAGAUCACUCACUGCUUUCUUGCUAAGUUUGAAGAACUUUUUUCAAAAAAUUGUACAACCGAUGCACUCCAAGAAAUUCUGCUACCAACUCUUGAUAAUCAUGAUGCCGAGAGCCUCCAAUCCAUUCCUACACAUGACGAAAUAACCACUGCCCUCUUUGAGAUGGGAAAAGACAAAGCACUGGGACCGGACGGGCUCCCCACCAGCUUCUACUCCCAUCAUUGCGACACGGUGCAAACAGACCUUCUGGCCAUGGUGACACACUUCUUCAGGACAUUUCUUGUAACAGAUUUCCGACCGAUAGCGCUUUGCAAUGUCUCCUACAAGGUAAUCUCUAAAGUGCUUGCCAAUAGAAUGUGCUACAUUCUCAACAAAAUUAUUUCACCAAAUCAAGCGGCUUUUGUCAAAGGAAGACACAUAGCGGAAAACUCUAUGAUCGCAAGAGAAAUUGUCCAUUCCAUGAACAAGAAGAAGGGGAAGAAAGGCUUCAUGAUGAUAAAACUCGACAUGGAAAAAGCGUACAAUAAAAUGGAGUGGGACUUUAUUAUCUCAGUUCUAAAUAGGUUGGGGUUCCCCAACAUGUUUACUAAGUGGGUAAGCUCUUGCAUAAUGGUUGAAGAUAUCAAGCUAUUACUUAAUGGUGCCGUGGCAGGACGAAUCAAGCCAGAAAGGGGAUUAAGGCAAGGUGAUCCUCUUUCCCCAGCUCUCUUCAUUCUCGGGGCUGAUGUGUUGUCUAGAUUAAUCAUUGACAAGGUCGACAAGGGUCUGAUAAAAGGCUUUCGAAUGGGAAGGAAUAAAGUGGUCGUAAGCCACUUAUUAUUCGUUGACAACAUUAUCUUGUUUGGGCAGGCCACAACCCGUGAAGCAGCCUCUUUUAUGGACUGCCUUAAUGAAUAUUGCAAGCUGUCUGGCCAAACCGUAAACAUCCACAAAUCGGCGGUUUUCUUCUCUAAGAAAGUCCCUGCAAGAACAUCGCAAGCAAUAUCUCAGCUUCUUGGUAUGAAGCGGAUGUCUAAAAAGGCCUCCUACUUGGGGAUCCCCUUGUUCCGAUCUCUAAAGCGUACAGAUGACACAAAAUUCCUGGUCGACCGGGUGCUACAUCGAGUUCAAGGAUGGAAAGCCAAACUUCUCUCAUAUGCUAGGAAGGCUUGCCUCGUUAAGACCGUGGGCUCUUCAAUGGCAAACUAUGUAGCAGCAUCGGAUGUUAUACCAUCUACCACAGCUAAGAAAAUUGACAAGCUCCUUCGUGACUUCUGGUGGGGUGACUCGGAACAGAAUAGAAGACUACAUACAAUCGCUUGGGAAACUCUUUGCCGUCCAAAAGUAAAUGGAGGUCUCGGUUUUAAAGCAAGUGAAGCAAUCAAUCAAGCUUUCCUCAUGAAAUGGGCAUGGAAAGUGCUAUCCGAUAAACAAAGUCUUUGGCAAAAAUUCAUGGAGGCCAAAUAUCUGAAGACUUCAAGCUUCCUUGACUUAGAUAUAAAACCAACCGACUCUCUGCUUUGGAAGGCAAUUCUGCGAACUAGAACUCACUUGGAGAAGGGACUCUAUCGAAAAAUUAGAGAUGGAAAUCUGACUUCCAUCUGGUUUGACUCUUGGGUGCCAGGGGGGACCCUCCAACCUACGCCCAAACAUAAUGCCACAUUUGGAAUGAGCAUGGUAAGUAACUUUAUCUCUCAAGGCCGUUGGAAUGAAUCACUAAUCCGACAAUGGUUUCAGGAGGAUGAUGCGAAGCCCAUACUCAAUAUAACCCUCCCCAACACACCUUGUGAGGAUACGUGGCUCUGGCUCCCCGAAAACAAUGGAACAUUCUCAAUUAAAUCUGCAUACAAGAUAGUGAAGAAUCUGGAAAACAUGGCACAUGGCGAUAGGAAAUGGAGGAUAAUUUGGGGUGCAAGGAUCCAUGAGAGGCUUAAGAUGUUCUGGUGGAAAACCAUUUCCAAUGGUCUACUCACCAAAGAUAGAUUGUGUUAUAUUCUUCCCACGAUAGAUCCUAAUUGUUCACUAUGUAAUGGCGAGAUGGAAACGUCACUUCACCUCUUUUGGCAAUGUGGGGCUACCAUAAUUUUUGAGAGCAUUUGGCGCGAAAGGAAUAACCUAUCCCAUGGAGGCUCUCCCACUCCCAUCGGGUCUAUACUUCAGCAUAUAAACUUAAGAAUUCAGGAGAUCUCCGAGGAUUCUAAGCCCCAAGUUGCUGAGUUGAAGGCUUGGCUCCCUCCUCCUCCUGGUUGGGUGAUGUGCAAUACAGACGUCUCCAUUGGUAAGUUGCAGGCAGCAGUGGCUGCAGUGUUUAGAAAUGAAACUGGAGCUAUCACCAAUUGCUUCACUUUCAGGCUGGCUGUCAGGGAGCCGCUCCUUGGAAAGACAAUGACCCUAUGUAAAGGAACGGAAGAAGUAGCCAAGCAAGGUUUUAGGAAGGUAAUCUUCCAAAAUGACUGUGCUAACGCAAUCUCUGCUCUGAAAACUAAAUUGCAGGACAUCAACUCGCUCAAUUUUAAUAUCCAGGAGCCGGUGCAUAAGUUUAUCGGUAUUUCGAGCAGUUUCAAUCUCUGGGAAGCUUCUUGGAUACCCAGAAACCUCAAUGGUGUGGCCCAUUCGUUGGCUAAAUGGGCAAAUCAAAACAACUCUUUUGGCUGGCUUGAUUUGUCUCUUGAGGAUGGUCCCUUACGCUCUGUUCUUAAAGAGAUUGGAUGA